AUGAAGACGCCGAAGGCGAAGGCGAGAGGCGACGGCGCGCGCCCGGCGUCGUCCGGGAAGAAGGCGAAGAAGGUCGGCGACGGCGAGAAGACGCGCGCGAGCGCGAACGCGAAGAAGAAGCGCGCGGGCGCGAGACGCCGCGACGACGACGCAUCUCGCGACGGCGGCGACGGCGACGACGGGUCCGCGUUCAUGCCCGUGCCGUCGUUCGACGGCGACGGCGACAUCGACCUUGGCGGCGAGGCCCCGGCGUGGGAGUCGUACGACUGGGAGGGCGAGAAGAGCGCGAGGAAGCGCGCGGCGGAGGCCGCGGCGACGCGCGCGGCGGCGGCGGCGGAUCCGUCGGACGGCGCCGUCGCCGAGCCGUCGAAGACGCGACCGAAGAAGCGGUCCAAGGUGGACAUGCGGUUCGGGUCCGAGUGGGACAAGGCGCGGCAGCGCGAUAAGCAGUACGGCGACCGACGAGAGGCGAAGCGGCAGAAGUACGCCGCGCUGCAGGCCGCGGCCGCGGACGACGACGACGGCGGCGACGACGACGGCGACGACGGCGGCGGCGGAGGCGGCGGCGGCGGCGGAGGCGGCGGCGGCGAAAAUAAUGAAAACGGAGGCGUCUCGGGAAAGGUCCUCGGCCGGCGACGCCGAGCGGCGGAGAAGCGCGCGCGCGCGGCGGAGAAACGCCGCGCGGAGCGCGCCGCGAGAGGUCUCCCGAUCGACACCGAAGCGAAGCGGCUGCCGAAGAAGCUCGCGGUGGGCGCCGCGGCGGGGGUUAACGCGCUCGACCUCGACCUCGCGACCGCGACGACGACGCGCGGCGGCGGAGGGUCGAGCGGCGGCGAAGGGUUGAGCGAUAAGAACGCGAAGCGGAAGGCACGACGGGAGAAGCAGGAGCGCGCGAGAGCCGCGGAGGAGGAGACGGCGAAAGCGGCGAAAGCGGCGAAAGCGGAAACGAAAGCGAACGCCGCGCCGACGCCGACGCCGACGCCGAAAGAGACGCCGAAGGAGAAGGCGCGGCGGGAGAAGCGGGCGCGCGCGGCGGCGCUGGAAAAGGAAGCCGCCGCGCUGCGCGCCGCCGCGGAGGGGGACUCCGACUCCGACGACGACGACGACGACGACGCGGAGGAGGAGGGAGCGAACGACGGCGAGGAAGGCGACUGGGGCGAGCGGUGGAGCACGGACGAGGACGAAGAAGACGCCGCCCUGGACGCCGCGCUCGCGGGGACGGACGACGACGAAGACGAAGACGAAGACGAACCGUCGUCGUCCGAAGAAGAAGAAGAUGAACCGUCGCUAUCACCGCCAACGCGCGCGUUCUAUACGCUGGUCCCCAUACGGCCGCGUUGGCGUGGUGAACGCCGUUCCUUAAGGACUUUUGCCGUCGUGUCUCUCCGCCCAUCCCUCGCGUUCAAUCCCCACCAUCGACGCCUUUCAACUCCAUCUGACGCCUUUCAACUCCACCCCGACAUCGCUUCGUAUGGAACGCCCCUCAGCGGCGGCCGCUUCCGCGCGCUCAACGAGAAACUCUACACCGCCACCGGCGCCGACGCGCUCGCGAUGGUGACCGCCCAGCCCGGGAUGUUCGCGGCGUACCACGCCGGGUUCAGAGAGCAGACGAAGGAGUGGCCGUCGCGCCCCGUGGACGUCUGCGCGCGGUGGUUGCGCGCGAAACCGGACGGGCUCGUCGUCGCGGACCUGGGGUGCGGCGACGCCGAGCUGGCGACGCUCGCCGGGAAGGCGCGUUCUAUCUUACGCCGGUCCCCGUACGACCGCGUCGGCGUGGUGCACGCCGGAAAGACGGUGCGCUCGUUCGACCUGGAGAGCGACGCGCCCGGGGUGGUCGCGUGCAACAUGGCGAGGUUGCCUCUGAAGGACGCGAGCGUGGACGUCGCGGUGUUCUCGCUGUCGCUCAUGGGGACGGACUACGGCUCGUUCCUCGAAGAGGCGCACAGGGUACGUUUGUUUCGCGGCGUGCGUCCUUUCGCGUUGGCUCCCCUUCGACCCGAUUCGCCGAGACGGACGCUCUCACGCGCGACCGUCUGGUCGCGUUUGAUUUAUUUUCUCACCUCCUGUCGUCUUCUCGUCGUCGAUCAGGUCCUUCGACCCGGCGGCUUGUUGUGGAUCGCGGAAGUCCGCAGCCGCUUCGACGGCAGCAACGGCGGCGCGACGAUCGAGUCGUUCGCGGCGACGCUCAGCGCGUUAGGGUUUAAGAUGAAAGGCGCGCCGGACGAGAGCAACAAGAUGUUCUUCACCGUCGUCUUCGUCAAGAGGAAAUCGCAAGUCGAAGUCGGGAAUAAAAAGCCAAAGUUGAAGUGGCCGCCGCUGAAAGCGUGCAGCUACAAGCGGCGGUGA